AUGCCGGGUCGCUUCGUCCCAUCGCCUGCGCUCCCCCCAGCCUCUCCCGGUACGAGCUACUCCCACGCUUCUCCCGGCAAUUUCCCCUCCGACGAGCCCGGCUCGGCGCGCAAUGAGCGAGGUCACCUCUCACCCACGGACAGGUCGCUUCCCGACGCAUUUCGAGGUGUUCAAAGAACCUCCAGUGACCACGUGUCAUCGGAUAAGACAAAUGAGCCUGCGGAGCCGUCGCCGCCUCGCGAGAAGUCGAGGGGAAGCGCGGAAGCGGAAGGCGGAACAGCCAAGAAGGAACAGAUGGCGAAGGAGGCGGAAAAGGAGGCGCAGAAGGGGGAGGAUGGGGAAGAGGAGCAGAGCAGUGGUGAGCGGAAGGGGCCAGGUGAAGUGCAGAAGAAGGGGGCGGUAUCGGGGAAGACGGGGGAAGGGGGGAUUGAUGGCGGAAAAGGGGGGAGCGGGGAGGGCGAGUGGUGCGAGGCGCUGGCCGGGGAGGUUUGUCUGGUGGCGUGCAGGCGACCGCAGCUGCUGGCGCGCAGUGAGAGGGGGCGGGGCGCCGUGUGCGUGAACAUCGAUGAUGAGCUGGUGUGUGGUGUGAGCUGUGUGCCACGUGGCGCUGUGGGGCGUGGUGGGUGGGUGGUGAUGGGAGGGUGGUCGUUGGUGGGUGAGGUGUACGAGCCGUACUGCAUGGACUUUGGCCCGCUCAGCCUGGCGUGCAUCCACCGCUACUGUGACACCAUGGACCGCGCGCUGCAGGUGAUAGGGGGUUGCGUUGCACCAGCCACGUGGGUGGGCUGUGGUGUUCUGCGUGCUGUCGAUGAUAGCUGGGUGCCUGCACGUGGUGCCCUGCACGUGGUGCCCUGCACGUGGUGCCCUGCACGUGGUGCCCUGCACGUGGUGCCCUGCACGUGGUGCCCUGCACGUGGUGCCCUGCACGUGGUGGUGCGUGGUGUCACUCAUUGCGUGCCAUGCCAUGUCAUCAGAGGCCUCGCCUUCUCUUGCCACCUCAUGCCACCCCAUGCCACCCCAUGUCAACCCAUGCCACCCCGUGCCACCCCUUGCCAUCCAAUGCCAUUUUGUGCCCUUCGGCUCUGUGUGCUCACCUGCGGCAUGCAGGAGGGGCGGGGGCUAUCAAGGAGGGUGGUGCAUGUGUGCAGCAGCGUGCCCCACAAGAAGGCCAACGCCGCCUUGCUCGUCAGUAGCCCCUCCUUACGCUCCCUCUCUGCUCCGCACCGCACUGCUCCCUCCUUCUCUGCUCCGCACCGCACUGCUCCCUCCUCCUCUGCUCCGCACUGCUCCCUCCUUCUCUGCACCGCACUGCUCCCUCCUUCUCUGCUCCGCACUGCUCCCUCCUUCUCUGCACCGCACUGCUCCCCGUGGGUGCCUCUGCUCUGCUGUGACGCGCAUGCCACUGCCGUUGCCCCACUAGCAGCGUAUCUCAUUCUGCGCCAUGCCAUGCCGGCCAAUGCCGCCCAUGCGGUGCUGCGCCCCUUGGAGCCGCUGCCACCCUUCAGGGAUGCGUCUAACGGCGUGUGCACGUUCCACAUCUCUGCACUCGACUGCUGCCAGGCACUAGAGCGGGCACAGGAGCGGGCCCUUAUUGCAGGGUUCAGGGUGGGCGAGUACGAGCGGCUGGAACAGGCCGACCUCACGUGGAUGCUGCCGGGGCGGCUGCUCGCCUUCAGCACCCCCGCUGACGACCCCGCUAGUGUCAUGGUGGACGCCUUCCCAACUCCGAUGCUCGCUGUUGCUGCUCCACUGCACAUCCCCUCUAUGCCGCUAACCUGCCGUUACCUCGCACUGCCACUCCUUCCAUUCCCCCACUCCAUGGUACCGCCUGCAUCUGCCUACCCUGGUCAGGAAGGCUACUUGACGCCUGAGGACUAUGUGCAGUACUUCCGACAGGCGGGCAUAGCGGCCAUAAUCCGGCUCAACAGGAGGGUGUACGACAAGAGGCGAUUCACCCGCCAUGGCUUUGCGUUCUAUGACCUCUACUUCCCCGAUGGCGGGUCAGUCAAGGCUGGUGGUCAGGCCCCAUCAGACGGCAUAGUGCGGCUCUUCGCCAUGGUGGAGGGCAGCAAAGCAGCGCAGGCACUGCAAGUGGAGCGCUUCUUUGCUGUGGUGGAGGGCAGCAACGGGCCCGUGGCCAUCCACUGCAAGGUGCUGUCGCCCCCUUCCCCACUCCGCUUUGCAUCGCUGCCUUCAGCACUCACGCUGCUUGGCUAUAUUGCAACAACCCCUCCUUCUGCCACGCGCGGGGCUGGGGCGAACGGGGGUGCUGGUGGGGUGCUACCUCAUGAAGCACUGCGGCAUGACGGCCAGAGAGGUGAGGGGCAGUGGGGAGGUGAGGACGGUGGGAUUUGUGGACAGGUAAGCCUGGCGGAUGGUGAGGAUUGGUGGGGGAAGGCCAUAGCAUACACGCGGCUGGUGCGGCCGGGGUCAGUGAUCGGGCAGCAGCAGCACUUCCUGGCGCUCAUGCACCCCCGCAUGGCACGCGCUCAUGGUGCGAGCAGUGAUAUCACAUCAGGUCAUCUCCAUGUGCAAUGUGCGCCUCUCACCCUUGUCAUUGCCAUGCCCACUCCCACGGGCGCUUCUGUUCCUGUGACUAGCCGUGCUACCCCCCUUGCCCUGCCAUCGCGGACGGGGCGCAAGGUGUAUGCGCGCACGGACGAGCAGGCAGCAGCAGCUGUCGCCGACCUGCAGUUUGCCCGCCACUCGCGCUCACUCGCCCGCACUGGCUCCGUGCCUGUGCGGCCAGGCUCGGCCGGGCCAGUGCGGUCAGGCUCGUCAGUGUCCGUGUCGCUGCGGUUGCCCCUGGGGAGGAGUGUGAGCCGGCCAGGCAGCAGCAGCGGUGGCGCCGAGAGCAGCAUGAGUGGCGGCGGUGGUGGUGGGGGAGAGGACAUUGGACCCAAGCGGAGAAGGCAGCGGGAGGGUGGGGGGAGGGAGAGGCGUGCAGCUAGUGCCGCCACCACACCUCGUGCUCGUGGGGGUGGUGAUGGGGUGGAAGGGGUAGAGGAGGGAGGAGGAAGCGGGGAGGAGGGUGAGGAAGGAGGCGAGGGAGGAGAGGAAGCGGGUGGGGUGGGAGUGCGGGAGAGCGGGGCAUGGGUGAGGCUGAGAAGGCUCGGGGGGAGCAUGCGCAUGCCAUUUGACUCCUUCGCCCUCUCCCUCUCCUCCUCGCCUGCCCUGCGUCGCCCCAUCAGCAAAUCAGCUUCCAUGUCCCCAUACACGCCCAUGCCCCCCAUCAUCCCCAUGACUCCCCAUGCCCCUAUGCUUGUAUCCCAUGCAUCUUCUGCCCUGCACCCUGGCAUGGCGUCCCCCGAGCCUCGCCAUGUGAGGGCUGCCAGGCGCCUCAGGCUGAGGGGGGUGUGGGGGGCUGCUGAUGCGAUGCGGAUUGGGGGAAAUGUGGGGAAGGAAGCAGGGGAGGGUGGUGGUGAUGCGGGGGAGGUGCGUGUGGCGGAGGGCGGUUGUGGUGCAGGGGAUGGGGAGGGAGGAGUGCGGUGUGGUGAUGGGGAGUGCAGUGCGGUGGAGGAUGGUGCUGCUGUACGAGAAGCAGAAUGUGUAGGUGAGGAGGGUGCUGGCGCAGCAGAUGGAAUGGGGGGAGGCAGGGUGGGAGAAUCAGCAGGGGUGUCAGCGAGUGUGGGAGCAUCAGAGAGCGUGGGGGUGUCAGUGCAGGCAGAAGAGGAUCCAAGUGUGCUUGCAUUUGCAUCGAGGUUGGACAGUGCUGCACAGGCUGCACCAAUUGAAACAGUGGCAUCAGGUCAUGAAGGGCUGGUGGCAGCAGCAGCAGUGGCAAUAGAGAAGGGAGGGCCAGAGGCAGCAGCAAUGGCACCAGAUUCUGAAAGGGCACAAACAUCAGCAUCAGCAGCAGCAGCAGCAGCAGCAGCAGAGGGGAUGGGGGUGGGCAGAAAGACACACUCACGGGCGGCCUCAUGGCUGGGCUUGUCCUUUUGCGGCCUGCUGCCAUGCCAGCCCACACGACCACCACCAUCACCCUCAUCAUCACUCUCACUCUCACCACCCACAUCGCCAGGACCAUCCCUGCCUCCCACCUCACUUGCUGCUGCAGGGCCCACAGGCACACGUACAGCCGCAGUGAACCCUCAUGGGUCUCCCCUCCCCGUCACAGCAGCCCCCCUUCAAGCUUGCCCUCCCUGCUCCGCCGCAGGUGCAGCAGAGAGAAGGGGGGAUGCAGAGGGAGCGGCAGAAGAGCCAGUGGUAGAGGCAGUCGGUUCAGCAGGGGCAUCAGCAGGGUUGUCUUUAGGAGACAGAGAGGAACACAGUGGCACAGCCACAGACCAGUACACGCCAGCAGAUGCCGCCCCAACGCCUGGGGUUGCAGGGACACACGAGUAUACACCAGCUGAUGCGGACCUGGCUCCUAGGUUUGGGCGCACACAGGCGGCUGGCGUGCAGGGUGCAGGGGGGCAGCAAGCAGGGGGGCCCAGCAGCACAGUGGUGAGAGUGAUCAAUGCAGGGGGGCAGCCCAGGAAGGUGGUGGUGCCGGCAGGUCAGGAGGGUAGAGGAAGGGGAGUGAAUGUAGAAUCAGGGUUGAGAGGGGUGGGUGGGCAUGCGCAGGCGGUUUCCGUGGCUAAGUUUGGUGCGGUGCAGGGCGGUCGGUUUAGGCUUGGUGUGAGAAGAUAG